ACUGGCGAGCAGCUCAAGCCCACAAGCUGACUGGCUCGUUCAUCGACUGCGCUGCGUGCCUGGCAGCCCUCUGGAGUAUGCAAGGACCAACCUUCUCGGAGGAGGAUCGCAUUUACAUCCUGGCAGAAAUGGCAGUUACUGUUAUACACUUUCCUAGUAUAAACGAAGAUGAAGGCAUGCAUGUGUAUGGAAAUCUUGAACUACCCUCCAACUGCACACUGUGGUCCAGAGUGCUCAAUCAGCUGGCAGUUGGCAACAACUGGGAGGCUGUGUGUCUUCUCAUUCUUGGCUGGCCUGGUUGUCCUGACAACCCGUUUGAAGGCGUUGCCGCUGACUGUGCUACGAAUGACAUCAUCAUCAGAGAUCUUCUGUGUUCUGUCAAUGAGGUGGCUCUCAAAACCUGGGGCAUUAAUCUGGCUAUAUGUCUGCUCAAAAAAGGUGCUGAUGUUGCCACGGUUGCCCGGACAGCCGAUGAACCGAUUCCUAUUUCAGCUCUCAUCACAGCUCUUCAGACAGGAGUUCAUGACCUGUUUAAGUACAUAAUGGAGAACAUCCCAUCUGCUCGGGCUCAGAUUGACAGUAAGGACAGAUUUGGGGAGACAGCUAUUCACAUUAUAGUGAAGUCUGGUAAAACAGACUCGUUCAGCGGUGAAGCUCUUCUCAAACUCUUGCUCAACUACGGGUGUGCCACUGAUGUUCGCGACAGAUAUGGCAAGCUGCCCAUUGACUACAUAGACCAAAAGAGCCCGGUGUUUGGAAUUCUGCGGAAGACAUCACAAAACACAGACAACAGUUUGCAUAAAAAAGUUGCAUACCUUCGAGAGGCUGGAAACAAAGCUCAGAAAGAAAAUAAUAACACCCAGGCGCUGAAACACUAUGAGGCGGCCAUUUCUCUUUUGAGUGGACUGGGCACUAUGAACACAGAGCUGGCCAUCCUGCACAGCAACUGUUCCUUAGUGCUCUCCAACAUGGGCGACAUGAAGCAGGCUCUGACCGCCGCACAUAAUGCUGUGAUGGCCAACUCAACAUUUUACAAGGGCUAUUGGCGAUUAGGACAGGUGUACAAGUCUACAGGUCAUUUUUCUGAGUCUUACGAUGUGUUUGUGUCAGGCCUUGUCAAAGCAGAGCAUCCUGAUGAGGAUUCCAAGACAUUAUUUCUACUGGAGAUUGCCAAACUGUUGCCACCACUUGAAAAUGCAGGAUCUCCAUUGCUUAACAGACUGAGUGACAUAUCGAAACAUUACUGUGCUUGUUGGCCGAAGGUUCUUGAAACACUCAGCAAAUCUGGUAACUGGACUUCUGUGAAGAUCUUGGUGAUGGGCAUGAAAUACAAACCCAAGACUGUCUCAAAGAUUGGCAUGAUUGUAAAGGACAUAGACUUCAGACCAAGUCCCCAUGGAAUAGCCGCAAGCUUCCCAGCAUCCUCUGUGGUGCUCAGUUCAAUAGUGGAUGCCCCGGAAGCAGCGGCAUGGGCCGAUGAGCUGAUUAUGGUGUUGUUGAUACAGAACGCGUCGCUGGAAACACUGACCGUGUCAACAAACACCCCGUCACUCCACAUAGUGCUUAGACUCUGCAUUUCAACAGGAAAUGUGGCAUUGCUCUCUCUAGUGUUGACAAGUGAUCGACAGCUGGCACAACAGAAACAUGUUCAAGAUGACAAGGGAAACACUCUGUUCCACGUGAUUUGCCAACUUUCCGCUAGUGGAGAGUUGGCAGUUGGGAUAAAACUCGCUGAGAUGUUGCUGGAACACAACUUUGAUGCCACACUGCAUGAUAACCGUGGCAUGAGACCUCUAGACCUAGUUCCACAGGCCAGCUCUUUGGGCAAACUCCUUGCCAAGACACAAAAUGUGAAACCCCCAGAGCCAAAUUACAAUGCAAAUGCAAAAUCCUUGAAGGAAGAAGGCAACAAAGAGUACAAGAAGCAGAACUAUAUAGCUGCUAUCCAUCACUACACUCAAGCUAUAGAACACCUCAGUGAUUUGGCCCACACGAAGGAGAUUCGGCAUGACCUGUCUGUGCUGUUUGGAAAUCGAGCCGAGUGCCACCUGAGACUCGGUCGGCCAGACAUGGCUCUUGAAGAUGCUAAAACCAGUGUGGGAUAUGAUCCAGAUUGGUAUAAGGCCCAUACCCGAGUUGGACGGUUAUUCAUUGCCCUUAAAAAAGACAAGAAGGCAAUGAUUGCAUUUGUGAAUGCUUACAACUGUCUGCCAAGCAAUGCUGAUGACGUUGUUCAGAUAGAGAUUCUUUCCGAGGUUAUUGUUCUUUUCCACCAAGUCGAAGGCAAAGCGAAACCAGGCUCCCAAAUUCCUGGACUAAAGCAAGUGAAUAGUUCUAUGUGGGUGAAGACUGCCUAUUAUUUUAUUCGUCAGAAGUGUAUUUGGGAACAUGCCUUUUUGGCAUUUCGCCAGUUUAAACACAAACAGUUAAAAAUGUCUGUGGAUCUGAGACCGUUUUGCAACAAAGAUGAAAUGUCUAUGAACAUUUGGUCACUGGAAUUCCUUGUGUUGUUACUGCGGGGUGGUUCUGAUCACAGGACUUUGACGUUCAAGACUGGAGAUACAUACCUGCAUGCAGGAGUCUUCACAUACUUUUUAACAGGUAUGGAAACUGUUUUUAAGUGGUUGUUGGACAACAGAGCUGUUUCCCACAAUGAACAGAAUAUUCAGGACACUGACGGCAAUACCGUUCUUCAUUUUACCAUCAUUAUACCAUGCCCUAUUGAAUAUAAGGAGGUAGCUCUGUCGCUGUUACUUGCUUGUGGAGCGAGUCCGCUAAUUGUCAACAAAUACAACAUGAAACCGCUUCACUGCGUGGCAUCGAACGAACAGAGACUGAAAAAACUAUUGGUGUCUGCUGAAAAUAAUUUUUCUAAGCCACAAUUUUCUAAAGGGCCUCAAACAAUGCAAAAUGAGCCUAAUCAACGUGCACCGAAGACGAAUCGAGAUAGACUGAAACUCACUCACGACCCAUGUAACGUUUGUGAGAAGCUGCUGUCAGAUGCGAAAGGACUCUUCCCACAUGGGGAGUACCAAAUUGGGAUUAGAAAACUAGUUGAAGUGAUCAUGACAAAUCACAAAGGAGAAAAGCAUCAACGAUUGGCCAGCCAAAGUGCUGACCUUAUUGUGGACGAGCUGGGCAUAAUGCUUACACCAGAUAUCCCUGAUGAAAUGAUGAAACUUUCUGUGGCCCAGUACAAGUCCAUCCUGGAGAAAUUUGCUAAAAAAGACAAGUGGAGACAGAUAGUGGCAGCCGUACAGAAAUAUGAUUUAAAACAUGGUCAAGUCAAACUGGCAACUUUUGCCACCAAUAUUUCCCUGAUGCAUCUUGUGGAGAGUUCAUCACUCCGAGGGUCCGAGUCUCUGCGGUUACAGAUUCUUGACCUCAUCUUGACGCACGGCGCAGUGCUGUCUGCAGACGAGGGGGUCAUGAAGGCAGCCAUCUCGCGCAUGGAGCUCAAGGUGGUAGAGUGGCUCAUUGAUCACGGUGUCAGCCCGGCCUUGUUUCGCCUCACCCCGGGAGAUACGCCCAUGCAUGCAGCUCUGUCGGUGGCUCUGGAAAAAGACAAAGGAAACUUUGUGCUCUUUGAAAAGUUUCUGGAUCUUUUCAAUGAAGACCCAGGCAAAUACAAAUUUUUGAAUCCCGCUCGGCUGGACAGAGAUGGCAACAGCCUGUUACAUAUCGCCUCCAAGUGCAAGUUCAACAAGUAUUCUCUGAAAGCAGUGGAGAUUCUCUGUGCUCAGCAGGUCCCAGCUGAUGUUACCAACAGUGAGGGAAAGAUGCCCAUUCAGUACCUCACGGACAGGAAUGAUCGCAGAGCCCAGUUUUUGCGUAUAACCAUCCCUGCUGCAACACGGCCCAAGGCCAAAUCAACCACUGGUGGAAGACACAAGGAUAAGCCUGCAACGAAUGGAACUGAUUUGUCUUCGUCUUGCGACCAUCAGGUUAAAAUCCCAAAGCGUGGAAUUGAGUCAGUCGAGUCCUCCAUGAAUGAGAUGGAUAUCCGCGUGUCGGCUGUCAGCGUUGAGUCGGUCCAAGGAUGCAGAGAGCAUAUACGAGAGUUAAUCUGUGAACUGCCAGAGUCUUCAUUUUCAAUCUUCAAGCCAGACGGUGCAAAACAGCUGGGAUCGAAAGUAAAAAAACCUGAAAAUAUUCCUCCACCAUCUCCAUUAACAGCAGAGAAGAUAAGUUCAACAGAAGGUGACGUACCUGAAGGUGAUACUGAGAAGGCUGCAGAUAGUCUGUCAGAAAAUAUGGAACUCGAGGCAGAAGAUGCCGAGAUAGACGUCGAAGAAGAUAGUCCAACCAAGCUGCACAUUGAUCCUAACGUGUUUGAUAACAUGGAGUGGGAGGUCGAAUGCACAGCGGACGUGUGGAAAACUCUGAAGGACAAGCACCUUCUGCCCGAGAUGAAACAGCGAGUGAUCAGACGAAUCCAACUUCUUGCAUCGGGGGAAUGGCGCCCAUACUUGUACAAAUCUGUCUCAAAUGCAUCACCAACUCUUAAGCUGUUUGAAGCUAAAUUGUCCAAAGGAGCCCGAAUUAUCUGGGAACUGGCCAUUGCGUUUUCUCCCCGACUGAGUGAAGCAGCUGAGAGAAGGCUUGGACUUGAUAAUAACCCUGAGAAUAACUUUGCUGUAAAGGGUGGCAGAAUCUAUUCUGAGAUUAUCAGAGUCUGGGACAUAGUACUGGACCAUGACAAUCUGUGCCGUGCAGUUGAAAAGAUCAUCAAGUCCCAUGAACGUGGGGAGGGCUGCAUUUUGCAGAGAAAGCUCAAGGGCAUCAAGGAUGAACAGUUCAGAGGCACUACAGUGAAAAAAAGAGUGCCGAUGCUUUACGCCGAGGAAGAUGAUGAUGUGGACUUGGUAGCUGUCAGAAAACAUCAACAGUCUCUCAAGCUCUACCCUCCAGCAAGCCCGCAAGAGACGGAGUACCACAUUCUCAAAUUCUACUCCUUCUCCUCAACCCUUGUUUCAAACAUUCUUCAGAACCAUGACAUCAAGGUGGACUUCCCAUUCCGGGUGACUGACACAGAACAUGCCAUCAUUAACCUGGAGUCAAAAUCGCCUAUCUUACUGCUGGGCAGAAGUGGGACCGGGAAGACAACAUGCUGCCUGUACAGACUGUGGACCAUUUUCUCAAUCUAUUGGACGAAAGCAAAGGAGGCUGGCGGGCCUCUACUUCCACGAGAACAUCAGUUUAUUGAGGAGGAAGAAGAAAAUUCAUCUGAUAUUGAAGAAGUGGAUGCAGAUCUUGAAGUGUCUGUGACGGCUUCAUCAAGUACAGAUUCAGGUAUUUUGACUGAAAUCCCAUCAACAAGUUCAGUCUGCAGAGAAGAGUAUGAUGAAGAUUUUGACGAUGACGAAUACACUGGUCCGGUGUACGAUCACCUGCACCAGUUGUUUGUCACAAAGAACACCGUCCUCUGCAGUGAGGUUCACAAGAACUUCGGGGAACUCUGCCAUGCAUCAGACAUCACAGAAGAACAUGUGAAGAUGGAAAAUGACAUCUUGCCAAACAGACUUCAAGAUGUGAAUGAUUUUCUCUACCCACUGUUCCUGACAUCCAGACAACUGCUGCUGAUACUGGAUGCAUCACUGAAUCCUCCAUACUUCUUUGAUAGGAAUGAUGAUGGAAGUCUGAAGGUUGUCAUACAGGGCUGGGGCACCCAGGAGGAUCUGUUUGGCUACACUCCACUUGACCACGACUCUGAUGCUGAGCAGUCGGAUGAUGAUGAUGAUGAUGAUCAGGAUGACAUGCUGGAUGAGCCCAUGGCUGAACAUGCUGCUGCUGCAGCAAAGAAACUGAAGAUGGAUCCUCGUCGAGAAGUCACAUAUGAUGUUUUUGCUAAUGAGGUCUGGCCAAAGAUCCGUAAAAAAAUGUCUGUUGACUACCAUCCAACAUUGGUGUGGACUGAAAUCAUGUCCUUCAUUCGAGGAUCAUUUGAGGCUCUCACAAAGCCAAAUGGAAUCCUAAAGAAGGAUGAGUACAUUGAACUGGGACGCAAGCGUGCACCCAAUUUUAGUGGAGAGCGUGACAAGAUUUAUGCACUCUUUCUCAGAUAUGAUCACUUUAAGACACAGAAGUUCCUCUUUGAUGAGUCUGAUCUGAUUUAUUCCAUCUACAAGCGAUUGCGGAACCUUGACGAUCAACCAUGGGUGCUGCAUCAAAUGUACGUGGAUGAAACACAGGAUUUCACACAGGCAGAAUUGGCAAUUCUGAUUCGUAUCACACAAAAUCCCAAUAACAUGUUUUUAACUGGAGACACGGCACAAAGCAUCAUGAGAGGAAUUUCUUUCCGCUUCAGUGAUCUGAAGACACUCUUCUAUUAUGCCAAGAAAUCUCUACAUGCUGUGGGCAAAACCAGAUCAAUUGAAGUCCCAAAGCAGGUGUACCAGCUGACACACAACUACCGGUCGCAUGCUGGUAUUCUCUCUCUUGCAUCUGCCAUUUUGGAUCUGAUGGUUGAAUUUUUCCCAGAGUCAUUUGAUCGUCUGCAGAAGGACCAAGGCUUGUUUCAAGGACCUCCACCAGUUCUGCUUGAGUCCUGCAGUCCUGGAGAUCUAGCCAUUUUGUUGCAGGGAAACAAGCGUAAAACAUCCCACAUUGAGUUUGGUGCACACCAAGCCAUUUUGGUUGUGAACGAUGCAGCAAGAGACUCCAUUCCUGAAGAGCUACGACUGGGCUUGAUUCUCACUAUCUAUGAAGCAAAAGGACUCGAAUUUGAUGAUGUGCUGCUGUACAAUUUCUUCAAGGAUUCUUAUGCCUUUAAGGAGUGGCGAGUUGUUACGGACUUCUUGGAGAAGUUAAGAGAGAAUGUUGAUACUAAAGAUCAAUGUGAGAAUCUAGUGUUGCUUGAUGAAGAUGUUUUGAGGCAGUCUUCCCGACCUCGACCGUUGACAUUCAACCCGAACCAACAUAAGGUAUUGAACUCUGAACUGAAGCACCUGUACACAGCACUGACGCGGGCUCGCGUCAACGUGUGGAUCUUUGACGAGAGUGAGGAGAAACGAGCGCCCAUGUUUGAGUAUUUCAAAGCCAGACGUCUUGUGCGGGUUGUUUCAUCGUACAGUGAUGAAGAAUUAGAUUUGGACAGCACCAUAUUUGCCGAGAAGUCUAGUCCUGCAGACUGGGAGAAACGUGGUGAUGAAAUAAUGAAACGCUUCCUCUAUGAUGUCGCUGCGAAAUGCUACAAAAUGGCUGGCAGUGAAACGAAAGAAAAGAUUGCGAAUGCACACAAUCAGGCUCUGAAAGCAUCCAGAAUGAAGGAUAAUCCUCGCAAGAUGCGAGAAGAGUAUAUGUUUGCUGCACGGACAUUUCUAGAGUGUAACAUUUUAACAAAGGCGGCUCUCUGUCUUCAGAAUGCCCAUGAGUAUGAGCUGGCUGCUCAGGUAUUCGAGAAGGGUGGACAGCUUCUGCAAGCUGCUAGGAUGUACCAACGAUCAAAGAAGCUACUAGACUGCAGUCGAUGCUAUGAACAGCUUGGAUACUUUAACAGGGCAGUUAAUAUUCUCUACAAGGAGGAACUGUAUGACCAAGCCAUUGACUGUUUGCGCAGACACAAGAUGAUUUUGGAGGAUUUGAAGUCUAGAGAAAAGACUGUGCCCCAGGUGAUAUUGGACAACCAGCCUCAAGAAGCAUACACUGAAGAGAGACUAACUUACAAGUCGGCUGAGCUGUUUGCUCGUUACAACAACAAGACAAAGAUGGUUGCUGCAUUAGAACGACUUUCUCGUGUUGAGGAGAAAAUAAAUUUCCUCAAGAAACACGACUACCCUGAUGAAGCUGCUGAGUAUCUCAUAAAGGAAGGUAAAACAACAGAAGCUGUCCAGCUAAUGCUGAAGAAUGGUAAACUGGAAGAGGCUCUAGCAGCAGCAGAGAAAGGACGGGACAUGGCUUUGAUUGGAGAAUGUCAUUUUAUCAUGUCGCAGUUUCACUCGGCCAAACCUGACAGCACAAAGGAUGUUGUCCAUCAUCUAAACAAAGCUGUCGAAUCAUUCCAGGCAGCUGGUGACAACACUGGACUGGGUAAAGCUCUUGUGGUCCUAGCUCGCAUCAAGAUUGACAAGACUUUGGCCAAACGAGCAUUCAAGCACUUUCAAGAAGAAACACCAAAUUCAAAUGAUGCUGGAAUGCUGGAAGCCCUUCAGGUUGUUCUGGAGUUGUCAAGUCUGGAAUCAGAAUUUGAAGACUUUAUUGCCAUAAUCAGAGGAAUUGAGAAGACCUUCCAUGUCAUUGAAAAGCUUUUCAAGCAAACAUCUAAUGAAGACAAGGCUAGAGCUCAGCUCUACUACAGAUUCUUUGGUUUAUACCAAAUCAGUGCAAAACCAUCUCAUUUUGAAAUCCAUCCUAAGGAACGACCACGAUGCAUAGAAGUCAUUGAAGAUUUCUUUGAGGACAGAAAAGAGAGAAAAGAAGCUGUCAUUGAAAGGGAAAGAAUUCAGAUAUGUGUCUCUCUGUGCCGCUUUCUGGUUGGUCGAAUGAAAGAAUGGCUGAACAAAGUGGAAUCUGCUUUUCGGCAACAGGUCCCACAUAAUAUGCAGUGCAAAGCUUAUCUUGAGGGAUCAGAAUGUGAAGAUGAGGAUGUCUGCCCUUACAUGCAUCAAAUGUACACUCAAUCUGCAGCUUUUGAAGCCAUAAAGCUCUUUGCGUGGGAUGUCAAUUUGAGUUACAUUGUACAAACAGGUGUCAACAUGGUCAAAAAGCUAGACAUACCUGAACUUUCAGAAGAAGUUGGCUACCUUGUAGAGGAAGACACAAAAUAUGAUCCAUGUGAACGGUUGUUGGACUUCCUUAUGCCUUUGCACCAUCAUCCUAGAUUUCUUUCAGCAGUUGUCAGAUACCUCCAUAGACAAUGGUCCAACAGUAACGUGUCUAAACAGAUUGAGAAGUACUUGCAAAAUCUCUGGAUUAACCCAUCUGCAAAAGAGAAGAAAGAUCUUUGCAAGGAGAGAUGUCGCAGCACAGAUUGGGUCUUGCGCAUUGGAUUUUUUGCUUCUCUGAUGAAGCUGACUUUGGAUGUGAGUCAGUACUGCCAUCAACUUGAAAAUCAGCUCAUGACAGAAGCUCCACAUUGGCUUGCCAAACGGUCUCCCACUGGUGGAAUACCAUAUGCCUUAUUUAUUGAUUACCAUAACAGGAAACUGAUAGUUGUAUGUGUGGCAUAUAGAUUUAUUGAAGCCUUUCGGUGGUUGCAAGGCAAGGAAGCAGAUCCUAUGGAAUCCAUCAUAAAAUUUACAAAAUUUGUAAAGGUUCUUUCAUUCAGAGAUCGACCAGCUCUGCUUCCUGCAAAAGCUAUGAUGUUGUUCUGGCUUGAAAUCUUUGUCUCUCUUUCUUUCUUCCUUUUGGCCAAGUUGUCAACUGCUGGUACUCACUUUGUUCUGCCUGCCACAUACCUGGCUGCAGUUAACUUUGUAGAUUUGUCAUUUAGAAAAGAAAGUCGACCAAUUCAAGAACUUGUCCACUUGUACAAGAAUCAGAGCAAGAUAAAACUUUUGCUGGAUCGUCUUCAAAUAAUAGUUGGGCUAGUAUGUGGCUACAAAUCUCCCAUGAGUUUGCUUCGAUUGCUAUUUACACAAACCAAAGAUGACUACUUGGCUGCUGAGCGAUGCUUGGUGCUAACACUGGUUUUCCUGGUGAAUGUUGGCUUAUUGCUUCCAUCCCUCUAUGAAGAUCACAUCAUGAGGUCAGUCAUGAGGCUGCGGCUGCCCGACUCAGCUCCUCAACGUCUGCACAUGACACUGCAGGCAGUGGGUAGAGCAAAAGGACUGGCUGACAUUGCUGCUAUACUUCGAGACCUGCUGCGUGAGCGGGAAGAUGAAUACCUGCUGGAUUGUUGGUGGAGCAGGCAACAAGGAGUGCAGCAUCGUCAGUUGACUGAUUUGUCUAAAUUCCCUAAAGGCUUUCUUGCCUUCAGGUCAGCAAGCAAUUAUGAUACUGAAGGUGAAGAAUUCUUUGAUGCAAAUUCUCAGCUUGAAGCUGAAGAGGAGUUGUCUGAUGAAGAAGAGAUGACGGCUGAUGACCGUGAGAGGUUUCAGAGAGAACACCAAGAGCUGGCCAGACAGGAAAAGGAAAACGAGGCUUCUAGGAUUAUUCUGCAAUUCUUCAAAAAUAUAAUUAUGAAGUAUCAUAUUACAAACCUGGCAAGGAGAGCACUUUACCAGGAGAUGCUUGAGGUGUUUGCACCAUUUGCUAUUAAGGAGACAUUUUGUGGUGUCUGUGGAGUGAAUCUAAUUACUCCAGAAACUGAAGAAUCUGUCUCAAGUUCUGGGAAUCAGAAUGAAACAGAGAUGUGGGACAGUGCUGAACCAUCAUUGUCUUCAGUUGCAGAUGACCUCACAACCGCAGCAAGAUCACAGGAAACUUUACAGAAACAUAGAAUAUCACCAGAACACAAUGAGAAGAAUAUUCAGUUUGAAAGCUUCAAGAGAUUGUAUUAUGUUGAUCACAUGCGAAAACUUCUUCAUGAGCUUAGCUUUUUUAUAGGAUUCCACAAGCUACACAACCCAGAGAUGAAAGCUACUGCUUAUGCUGAUGUAUCUCUUGAUAUUGAUCGGCUGUUGUCGGAGAUGGACAAAGUGAAGACUGUUCUUCAAAACAUAAUGGAGAAUCGCAGUUGGGAGAAAAUCGAAGAAUUGCGUCAUGCUCUGUUUACAUUAUACCAAGAUUAUUUGUUUGGACGAGCUGUCAUAGCAUGCAAGUUCCACGAAUAUAAGGAGUCCGGAUGCGAGAGGGACAAGGAAUCCCCUGUUACAGAGCAGCCACAUGAACCAUCACCUGAGGUGGAAGACCCAGAGGAAUAUGUGAUGCCACCUGUUGUAGACGCCCCACGUUCACAAAGUGAAAGAGGUCGUACUGGAUUUCAGAACGGCCGGGGCCGGGGCCGGGGCCGGGGGGCCAAGGCCGGGGUCGGGGUCGUGGACAAUAUCACAAUCAAAAUCACUAUCAAGGCCCAACAAAUCUUCCUCCCCGCCUUCAACGACAGUUGAAUAUGAAUUAACUUUUAUUUUUGUUGUAUUUAGAGCCUUGUAUUGUUACAGGUCUUUUGAAAUAUCAGCAAGAUUUUCUUUUUCAUGUUUAUUAGAUUUGGAAUUUAGUAUUGUUGUACAUGUAGAUUUUUGAAAUAUCAACAAGAUUUCUGAUUUGUUUGUUAUAGGUUUUUGAAAUAUUAGCAAGAUUUCCGAUUCGUUUUUCUCUGAUUCUUCGAUUCAAUUUUUUGAUUGUGUGUUCUAGACUGAAAAUCAUAGUUGCUCAAAAGACUUCAUGUUAUAUGUUUGUAUAAUAGAACAUUUCAUAGAUCUUUUUUAGUUUCAUAUUCUUAGAUAAGACUGACUUUACUAACAGUAGUUUAUAGUAGUUCUUGAGAUGGUGUUUUUGCUGUUACCUCAUACCAUGACCAGAGUUAACACAAUGUACUACUACUUUGCUCAAUGUUACAAACACUAUGUAUCGACUGAGUCCUGAUUUUUAUAUUGUGUCAAUGACUGCCUCUUUUUCAAACAGAUUGAUGAUUAGUAGAUUGGUCUUCGGUAGGAAAGGCAAGUGAUCAUUCCCACUCUCCUCCAUACUCUCCAGGAAAGUUUUAGGAAAGCGACAAAUUGAUCGCCUUGCAAUAAGGUUUAAUACAUUUUAUUUAAAUCUUGUGUGAUUUCUCACAUAGGAUCAUUUCAGGACACUUGUCUUCAGCUUCCCUUGAUUUUCCUCAUGGUGAACACUGUUAAAUGAUAGCUACUUUUUUUAUUAGGUACUGAAAAGUGAAAUUUAAGUUCUAAUUCCAGGGUGGGGUUUUUUACUUUGCGUAUAUCCACUAGGGCUUCAACGAUUCCAAAAUAUUAGACUCGAAUACUUGACGGUCAAACUCGAUGCAGACCCGAGUACCCAACACUUACACUAGAUGAUGAUGAGAUGAGGAAUAAAGUGAAAUAGCAUUAUCUAUCUUAAUUUCAGUGCUGAACAUGGAUGUCAAAUCAUGCCAUUGUAUUACAUUUAGAAACCAGUUGAUAUGUUCAGUGUUGUGACAGACGGCCCGUUUAAAUGGAGAAACUAGUGUGUGAUCAUAUAAUUAUUGUGUAACUUAUAUUGUUAAAUUUCUACUGCUGAAAUUAUUGUCCUACAUUGUCCAUUGUAUUAUAGUUGAUCAUUGUAUUCCACUGUACUCGAGUCCGGUGAAUGGACUUUCUAGACUCGACCCGUGACCGAGUACUCGUGGAGACCCUAAUAUCCACAAGGAUUAUUUUCAUUAUAAAUUUGAAUACAGACCUGAUUUAUGCAACUUGGUCAACAGUUGUCCGGGUGGACUAGAUGUUUGGACAGUAUUGAUCUACUAGUGGCCUUCAUUAUAAAAUUACAACUCUGACUAAUUCAUUAACAAAUGCAUAUUUCCAUUCUGAUAUGUGGUUUAAAAAUUAAUAAUUGUCAAUAGCAAUUGACCCACCAUCUGCAUGAUAUGGUUACUUAAAUCAUGUUUUGUGAAAUUGGACUUUGAUGUACAUACAUUUCUAAUUUGUGACCAUAAAGUAGAAACCUGUCAGUCUAUGUACUUUAUGUCCAUUACAUGUAAGUAUCUUGAAUCAUUUGUAUAUUGAUAGCAUGUUUUAACUAUUGACAUUUAGACUAAAACUUUUAGUACAUUUUAUUAAUAUAUUUUUAUUUAUUGGGUCACCCUUACAUUAGUUUUGCAGUAACCAAAUGCACUACGUGUAUUUUAGUAGUGAUUUUGAUCUGUUUUUGAUACAUUAAUUAUAUUGUUUAAUAUUAUGUUUAGAAAUGAAACUAGCUGAGACAUGUUUUUUGGUUUUUAUUACAAGUUCUUUAGGUAGCAGCAGACAACUCUUUUAAAGGUUGGCCGAUCAAUAUGUAAUCAAGGUUUCAGACAUGUCCAUCCAGUCCACGACCUCUGGAUAGCCAGUUGUCUGGUCCCAGACAGAAUCAUAUAACAGAAUGGAUGAAUGAAUGAAUGUUUAAUGACACCCCAGCACAAAAAUACAUCUGCUAUUGGGUUUCAAACAAAGGUAAAUAAAUACAUGAGUUGAUGAUCAACAUCAAAAUAAGAAUUCUAACUUUAAUUUGAAAUACAAUGUAAAAAGAUAGUAUCGCAGAAAUGUAUAUUAAAAUUUAACAUUAAAAUUAAUAUCUUGUAUGAAUCAAAAUGAUUCCAUCAUAUUUUGUCUACCAAAUCUAUAUUUCCUCAUGGAUCCAAGAUGAUUACACUCCUUAUAAUAGAUCCAUUAUUGCUAAUUGGUAGUAACUGAUGACAACAGUGAGUCUUAGUUUUACAAAUAUAUGCAGUUUUCAUAACUGCCUUUGAUAUAUUCGAAUUGAUCCCUGUUGGUAGACUCAUUGGGCUAUUCCUUCCAGCCAGUGCACCACAACUGGUACAUCAAAGGCUGUG